CUAUAUAUAAUGGCAAGAGCUGUAAGUCUGAAACAAAACACUCGCGCUAAACUGAUUUUUUUUUCCCCUCUGGUUCUGAAAGAACUUUGAACAUCACGGGAGAAAGUUUCGGAAAAUGUGUAAAGGAUUAGCGGCUUUGCCCCAAACAUGUCUGGAGAGGGCUAAAGAGAUCAAGACUAAAUUGGGAACUCUGCUCCAGAAGCCUGAGAAUGGCAUCGACCUCAUCAUCCCCUACGCGGAGAAGGUGGAGAAGAAGCCGGAGAAGCUUCAGAAGCCGGCCGUUGAAGAAGCAGCACAGUGGCGUGAAUCCCUGGACCGAGUCCUGAUAAACAGCUAUGGGCUGGCCACUUUCAGAAGCUUCCUGAGGUCUGAGUUCAGCGAGGAGAACAUUGAGUUCUGGGUGGCUUGCGAGGACUUCAAGAAGACCAAGUCCCCAGUGAAAAUGGCAAUUAAGGCCAAGAAGAUCUAUGAGGAGUUCAUUCAGACUGAGGCUCCCAGAGAGGUGAACAUUGACCAUUUCACCAAGGCUAUGACUCUGAGGAACCUGGUGGAGCUCUCCUCCACCACCUUUGACCUGGCCCAGAAGCGUGUCUAUGCCCUCAUGGAAAGGGAUUCCUUUGGCAGGUUUCUGAGAUCUGACCAGUACCAGGAACUGAUCAAGUAAUCACUGAAGACAUCACAAGUGAUGCCCUGUGGUCAAGUUUAACGCUGAGUGCUAAAACCUCUAUGACGAAAAUUGAAUUUGAAUUUCAGAUCAAGGAAAGCACCAAUUAUUUAAUUGAAGCUCAGUAAAUAUUUUAUUAAUUGAAUAAUUGAGAAAUACAUUUUACAAAAAUUCCUCCUAAAACACCAAAAAGGUCCUUAACAUUUAAAAAUAUCACCUGAAUGGGUAAAAAUAAGCAAACAAAUAAAAAUAAAGGGAUACCAGGUAUGUAGAACUAACAUUAGCUCUGAGCAUUUAUAUACGUCAUAGCCCAUAGCAUUAUAUAGAAUUAACCAAAGAUUUGAAACUUUUAUUGCCUGUUCCAUGCCCUGAAUUUUCAGGUUCAAUAUUGUAGACUGAAAUAAUAAUUCUACCAACUUUCCUAACCUACUUUUUUAUCUUAGAUGCAAGUAGCUUCAUAUAGGACAAGCAAGUGCAUUUAACGUUGUGCAAUGACAAAGCGCUUUGAGUCAAUUAUAACCAAAAACAUCAGGUUCAGGUACAGGUUCAGCACACAGGUUUAUUUUUGUUGAGACUUGAUGCUUUUUGCCUAAAAAACAAACAAACUGAGUCAUAGCCGUUUCAAACCUCAUGUGUUUUUCUAUUAACUCCAGCUGGCACAGAUAAAAAGACACACUAAUUUGUUAUGACUGCAUUCAGAGCUCACAGAAACGCAAUCACAUGUUCUUACAUCAUUGGCUCUGAAAACAAAAACAUUAAUUUGAAUUUGUCUACGUCAAAAACUCAAGGGAGCAUUUUUAUUAAGGGCGUACAUUUCGGUAUGGACUGUAUUGUCCCUAACAAUAUUGUGGGAGUACCUUGUGUGGUCAGGGGAGUGACUCCGGCUCAGGGCUGAUUUGGUCCCUAACGAUGUUCGAACCAAAUCUACGUCCAGGGCCGCACCCAGCUAUGAGGUCAAUGAGGUCCGGACCUCGGUAAUUUUUAUAAAGCUAAAAAUAUCAUUUGAAGCUAAAUAUUCACCUGAAUAAAAAAUUAGGCUCACUAACGUUUCACAUAACUAAUUUAUUUUGAAAAAUAAACAGCUUAUAAAGGGAACAGUAUCGAUAAUGUGAUUGAUGAGACCCACCCAUCACCCACCCUAAGGUCCCGGACCUCACUAUUUUUCAAACGCUGGCUACAGCCCCUGCCUAUACCCUUGCUUUUUAUUCUUAAUAACUCACGCUAAAAGCAAACUUCUCCUUGAAUUUUUGUCACAAGUACAGUGGAGUACUAAACUAAUGGUUUAUUCAAUUGUAAUCAUGUCAGUGUAAGUUGCUAUGGUGGAAAUCACAAAGAGUGGAUCUCAGUAAAAAGUUGAACGGUGUUCCAGAGAGAUUAGUUAAAACCAUUAUGAUUAGCAGCUUCAGUGUAAUGCCUCUACUGUAAAAGAGUCCUGAGGACUUGGUGGGUCACAGUUCAGUAAGAAACAUCGUACAUUUUAAUGCAUGUGUUUAGACGUAAGCUAAUUAAAUUAAUUCAACAUUCAAAUUAAGUUUAUUGUUCAUUUUUUACCACACAAAUACUGUCACUAUACAAAGCCUAAUUGUAUUAGCAUAGUUAUUUUCACAAUAUCAUAAUGCACUUAUAUAAUAUUUGCAUUUAAUUGCACAAUAUUACUCUAGUAACCAUUAUUACUCAGGAGGCAAUUGUAUUAUCUCCAUAUAUUGCAAUUUUAUUACAGAUAGUUGCAACCAAUAAUCAUUUGUGUCUAUCUGUAUUCUAUCGAAAACUAUGUUCUGGUCCUCUGUCCUGCCUGUUGUCAUCCAGUAAAAUGCUGUUAUCGUUACAUUUUCAUCAUAAGGUUUACAGCCUUAUAUAGCACUCAGAUAUUUAGCACUGUGCUAAGUCCUUAUCUUGCCCAAAGAUAAUUAGAAGCCACUGCAGGUCAGAUGAAGGAUGGAGGUUUUGUCUUUAUUCAAACUUUCUGCUUUGAAUUUUGCAACUUUUCUCUAUCUGAAAAUUUUUUAAAAAUCUAAAUAACAUAAUUCCCUGCUGCAUGAGGAAUCCGGUACUCAAUAGUGUUACUUACAAAUGUUCACAUUUUCUAAUUAAAACAAUUCUAUUCCUAAAAACGCGACCUCCAAGACCAUUCAUAAGGACUUACUACCAGUGCAAAAAUUACAUAUAUUUGGCAUAUAUGCAGUAUAUAUAUGUAUAUCUAUACAUAUAUAUGUAUAUGUAUAUAUAUGUGCAUGUAUUUCCUGUAGCCCACAAUAUAAAGAUGAAUUAAUACAUGAAAAUCUUCAAGAUGUUUUUAUUUUUUACAUGUAAAUGUGUUCAGAUUUAGCACUUAAGUUAUUUUUACUGAUGUAAUUCUGUUUUCGAAUUGUUCCCAGGAUAGAGAAAUGAAGAACAAGGCAUAUAUAUAUAGAUAUAGAUAAAUAUAGAUAAAGCAAAUAAUUUGGAUAAUUAUUUGUCAUCUUUUCUUGUGCUGAAGGCGAUUUAUGUUCAUUUCCCUCAAAAGGCCAUUGUUGUUCAAAAAUGAUUGAAUACUCUGAAAAAAUAAUCAUGAACAUAAAUAAGUUUUACUCGAAGGUGUGAGGCCAUGUACUUCAAGGGAUCUUCCCUAGGAUCACUGCAUAAUGAUGGAUGGAUGGACGGACGGAUGGAUGGAUGAAUGGAUGGGAAUUUAAAUUGACCAGUGUCACCAAUUCUACCAUGAGAGGUUUGGGGACUUUUAUGUUGUGCUUUUCCCAGGACAAAGACAGGUUGGUGGAGCCAGUAUAAAUGAAAGCUGGUGAGUGUGGACAUGAAAGGGGCAUUUUGCCAACAUAAACACGUACCGGGAUGCACCUGCGUACAUGUGCUGAAGAUCAAACACUGGGACCCUCUCCGGAGGACAAGGCAACACACGGAGCAAAAGGAAUUUCUCGGAUUUUCAGUCACUGCUGUUAUCUAAAGAUGGCGCCCUGCUUGUUUCAUUUGUAGACUGUUUAUUGUCUUUCAGUUUAAUUCAUGGGUUUUAGUAAUCAUAAUUUA